AUGAAGAAGGAAUGUUUUGUGCCAGAUCCAGAUGAGGAAUAUGUCAAAGCAUCCAUCACAAGUCGAGAAGGAGACAAAGUCACCGCUCAGACGGAGAAAGGGAAGACUGUAACUGUGAAGGAGUGUGACGUACACCCCCAGAACCCGCCAAAGUUUGAUAAAAUUGAAGACAUGGCGAUGUUCACCUUCCUCCAUGAGCCUGCUGUGCUGUUUAACCUCAAAGAGCGUUAUGCAGCAUGGAUGAUCUAUACCUACUCUGGGCUGUUCUGUGUGACUGUCAACCCCUACAAGUGGCUGCCAGUUUACGACAAAGAAGUCGUUUCUGCAUACAGAGGAAAGAAGAGGAGUGAAGCUCCUCCACAUAUCUUCUCCAUCUCCGACAAUGCUUAUCAGUACAUGUUAACAGACAGAGAAAAUCAGUCUAUUCUUAUAACUGGAGAAUCAGGUGCAGGAAAAACUGUCAAUACAAAGAGGGUAAUACAGUACUUUGCCAGCAUUGCAGCUGGUGGUGGAAAGAAAGAUGCAGGUUCAGAAAAAAAGGGAACAUUGGAGGAUCAAAUCAUCCAGGCUAACCCUGCUCUGGAAGCUUUUGGCAAUGCCAAGACCAUCAGAAAUGAUAACUCAUCAAGAUUUGGCAAAUUCAUACGAAUUCACUUCGCUGCAAGUGGAAAACUAGCAUCAGCUGAUAUUGAAACAUAUUUACUGGAAAAGUCCAGAGUCACUUUUCAGCUCAAAGCUGAAAGGGAUUAUCAUAUUUUUUAUCAAAUUCUCUCUCAGAAAAAGCCAGAGCUGCUAGAAAUGCUGCUUAUAACCAACAAUCCCUAUGACUACGCAUUCAUCUCCCAAGGAGAGACGACUGUAGCCUCCAUCAAUGAUGCUGAAGAGCUUAUGGCAACUGAUGAUGCCUUUGAUGUCCUGGGUUUCACUCAAGAAGAGAAGAAUGGGAUAUACAAGUUGACAGGGGCUAUAAUGCAUCAUGGAAACAUGAAGUUCAAGCAGAAGCAACGAGAAGAGCAAGCAGAAGCUGAUGGAACUGAAGAUGCCGACAAAGUAGCCUAUCUGAUGGGAUUGAACUCUGCUGACCUGAUUAAAGGACUUUGUCAUCCAAGAGUUAAAGUAGGAAACGAGUGGGUCACCAAAGGACAGAAUGUUCAGCAGGUGAACUAUGCUAUUGGUGCACUGUCUAAGUCAGUGUAUGAAAAGAUGUUUCUGUGGAUGGUAGUAAGGAUCAACCAGUCCUUGGACACCAAGCAGCCUCGUCAGUACUUUAUUGGUGUAUUGGACAUCGCUGGAUUUGAAAUAUUUGAUUUCAACACCUUUGAGCAGAUGUGCAUCAACUUCACAAAUGAAAAACUGCAACAGUUUUUCAACCACCACAUGUUUGUACUGGAGCAAGAGGAGUACAAGAAAGAGGGCAUCGAAUGGACUUUCAUAGACUUUGGCAUGGAUUUACAGGCCUGUAUUGACCUGAUUGAAAAGCCCAUGGGUAUCAUGUCCAUCCUUGAAGAAGAGUGUAUGUUUCCAAAAGCCAGUGACGCCACAUUUAAAGCAAAGCUUUACGACAAUCACCUGGGAAAAUCUGCCAAUUUUCAGAAGCCCAGGGUUGUCAAAGGGAAACCAGAGGCUCAUUUUGCUCUGGUUCAUUAUGCUGGAACAGUGGAUUAUAAUAUCAACAACUGGCUGGUGAAGAACAAGGACCCUCUCAAUGAGACGGUCGUAGGACUUUACCAAAAGUCUAACCUGAAGAUGCUUUCUAUACUUUUUGCAAAUUAUGCUGUGGCUGAAUCUGAAUCUGCAAAGGGAAAAGGGGCAAAAAAGAAAGGUUCAUCCUUUCAGACUGUGUCAGCGUUACACAGGGAGAAUCUGAACAAGCUGAUGACCAACCUGAGGUCCACUCAUCCUCACUUUGUGCGCUGCCUCAUCCCCAAUGAGACCAAGACUCCUGGGGCCAUGGAGAACCCUCUUGUGAUGCACCAGCUGCGCUGUAACGGUGUUCUGGAAGGUAUCAGGAUCUGCAGGAAAGGAUUCCCCAACAGGAUUCUCUAUGGAGACUUUAAGCAGAGGUAUCGAAUUCUAAACCCAGCUGCCAUCCCAGAAGGUCAAUUCAUUGACAGCAAAAAGGGAGCUGAAAGACUUCUUGGGUCUCUUGAUAUUGACCAUAGUCAAUACAAGUUUGGUCAUACCAAGGUGUUCUUUAAAGCUGGGCUUCUUGGACAAUUAGAAGAAAUGAGGGAUGACAGAUUGUCACUGAUUAUCACAGGAAUCCAAGCAAGAUCUCGGGGAUUGUUGGCAAGAGUGGAGUUCCAAAAGAUUGUAGAAAGAAGAGAUGCCUUGUUAGUGAUCCAGUGGAAUAUUCGGGCUUUUAUGGGGGUCAAGAAUUGGCCCUGGAUGAAACUCUACUUCAAGAUCAAACCUCUGCUGAGAUCUGCAGAAGCAGAAAAAGAAAUGGCAAACAUGAAGGAAGAAUUUCUGAAGCUCAAAGAGGCGUACGCAAAGUCAGAAGCCCGCAGGAAGGAACUCGAGGAGAAAAUGGUUUCAUUUCUUCAAGAGAAGAAUGACCUGCAGCUCCAAGUUCAAGCGGAGCAAGACAAUCUUGCUGAUGCAGAGGAAAGAUGUGAGGGACUGAUAAAACACAAAAUCCAAAUGGAGGCUAAAGCCAAAGAGCUGUCUGAAAGGUUGGAAGAUGAAGAAGAGAUGAAUGCAGAACUCACUGCCAAGAAAAGAAAGCUGGAAGACGAGUGCUCUGAGCUGAAGAAAGACAUUGAUGACCUCGAGCUAACUCUGGCUAAAGUGGAGAAGGAGAAACAUGCCACUGAGAACAAGGUAAAAAACCUUGUUGAGGAAAUGGCUGCGCUGGAUGAAAUCAUAGCAAAGCUGACCAAAGAGAAGAAAGCCUUACAGGAAGCUCAUCAGCAAACACUGGAUGACCUGCAGAGUGAGGAAGACAAAGUCAACACUCUGACCAAAGCUAAGACAAAGCUGGAGCAACAAGUUGAUGAUCUUGAAGGAUCACUGGAGCAAGAGAAAAAAAUUCGUAUGGAUCUUGAAAGAGCCAAAAGAAAACUGGAAGGAGACUUAAAAUUGACUCAGGAAAGUUUGAUGGAUGUAGAGAAUGACAAACAACAACUGGAGGAACAUUUGAAAAAGAAAGACUUUGAACUGAAUCAGCUCAACAGUAAAAUUGAAGAUGAGCAGGCUAUUGCUAUUCAACUUCAAAAGAAACUAAAAGAGCUACAGGCCCGCAUUGAGGAGCUGGAAGAGGAGCUUGAAGCAGAGCGAGCUGCUCGAGCCAAAGUGGAGAAGCAGAGAGCAGACUUAGCCAGAGAACUGGAGGAGAUCAGUGAGCGGUUGGAGGAGGCUGGUGGAGCGACAUCUGUUCAAAUCGAGAUGAACAAGAAAAGGGAGGCAGAGUUUCAGAAACUGAGGAGAGACUUGGAGGAGGCCACUCUGCAGCACGAGGCCACUGCUGCUACUCUCAGGAAGAAACAAGCCGACAGUGUGGCUGAUCUGGGAGAGCAGAUCGAUAACCUCCAGAGAGUCAAACAGAAGCUGGAGAAAGAGAAAAGUGAACUUCGACUGGAGCUCGAUGAUGUGGUCUCCAAUAUGGAGCAUAUUGUUAAGACAAAAACCAAUAUGGAAAAAACAUGUCGGACUCUUGAAGACCAAAUGCAUGAAUACAAAGCAAAAUAUGAAGAAUCUCAACGAUACAUCAACGACUUUAACAUGCAAAAAGCAAAGCUUCAAACUGAGAAUGGUGAGCUUUCAAGACAACUAGAGGAGAAAGAUUCCCUAGUGUCGCAAUUAACAAGAGGAAAACUGUCUUACACACAGCAGGUUGAAGAUCUAAAGCGUCAGCUGGAAGAGGAAACUAAGGCAAAGAAUGCAUUAGCCCAUGCCGUGCAGUCUUCUCGUCAUGACUGUGACCUGCUCAGAGAGCAGUAUGAAGAAGAGCAGGAGGCCAAGGCUGAACUCCAGCGAAGCAUGUCCAAAGCAAACUCAGAAGUGGCACAGUGGAGAACUAAGUAUGAAACUGAUGCCAUCCAGAGGACUGAGGAACUUGAGGAGGCCAAGAAAAAGUUGGCUCAGCGCCUGCAAGAGGCUGAGGAGGCAGUGGAAGCAGUUAACGCCAAGUGCUCCUCUCUCGAGAAGACCAAACAUCGACUCCAGAAUGAGAUUGAAGAUCUCAUGGUGGACGUGGAGAGGUCGAAUGCUGCUGCAGCUGCGCUUGACAAGAAGCAAAGAAACUUUGAUAAAAUCUUGUCAGAGUGGAAACAAAAGUAUGAAGAGUCACAAGCUGAGCUGGAGAGCUCCCAAAAGGAGGCAAGAGCCUUGAGCACUGAACUUUUCAAGUUAAAGAACUCUUAUGAAGAAUCUUUGGAUCAUCUGGAGACCAUGAAACGAGAGAACAAGAAUUUGCAAGAGGAGAUUUCUGACCUGACGGAGCAACUUGGAGAGUCUGGAAAGAGCAUUCAUGAAUUGGAGAAAUUGAGAAAACAACUAGAUCAAGAAAAGAGUGAGAUCCAGUCAGCUUUAGAAGAAGCAGAGGCCUCUCUGGAGCAUGAGGAGGGAAAGAUUCUCAGGGCUCAGCUGGAGUUCAAUCAGAUAAAAGCUGAAAUUGAGCGUAAACUGGCUGAAAAGGACGAAGAAAUGGAACAAACCAAGAGAAAUCUGCAGAGGAUGAUCGACACCCUUCAGAGUUCCUUGGAAGCGGAGUCCCGCAGCAGAAAUGAAGCUCUUCGUCUGAAGAAGAAGAUGGAGGGAGAUCUCAAUGAAAUGGAGAUCCAGUUAAGCCAAGCCAACAGGCAGGCAGCUGAGGCUCAGAAACAACUGAAAUCAGUUCAUGCUCACCUUAAGGAUUGUCAAAUUCAGCUGGAUGACUCUGUUCGUGCUAAUGAUGACCUUAAAGAGAAUAUUGCCAUUGUGGAAAGACGCAACAAUUUGCUACAGGCUGAACUUGAGGAACUAAGAGCUGCUCUGGAUCAAACUGAGCGCAGUCGUAAACUUGCUGAACAAGAACUGCUGGAUGUCAGUGAAAGGGUCCAGCUUCUCCACUCACAGAAUACAGGCCUGAUAAACCAAAAGAAGAAACUGGAGAACGACACGUCCCAGCUUCAGACUGAAGUAGAGGAAGCAGUGCAGGAGUGCAGAAAUGCAGAGGAGAAGGCCAAGAAGGCCAUAACUGAUGCAGCCAUGAUGGCAGAGGAGCUGAAGAAAGAGCAGGACACUAGUGCUCACCUGGAACGCAUGAAGAAGAACAUGGAGCAGACCAUCAAAGACCUGCAGCACCGCCUGGACGAGGCUGAACAGAUCGCCAUGAAGGGAGGCAAGAAGCAAGUGCAGAAACUGGAAGCCAGAGUGAGGGAGCUUGAAAAUGAGAUUGAAUCAGAACAGAAGAAAAGUGUUGAUGCAGUGAAAGGCAUUCGUAAAUAUGAACGCCGCAUCAAAGAACUUACUUAUCAGACCGAAGAAGACAAGAAAAAUGUAGCACGUCUGCAAGACCUGGUUGACAAACUGCAGUUGAAAGUUAAAUCCUAUAAGAGAGCUGCUGAGGAGGCGGAAGAGCAGGCAAACACACAUCUGAGCAAGUUCCGUAAGCUGCAACAUGAGCUGGACGAAGCAGAGGAACGGGCCGACAUCGCAGAGUCUCAGGUCAACAAAAUGCGUGCCAAGAGCCGUGAUGUGGGAUCUAAGAAAGGACUGGAUGAGGAGUGA